AUGAGCUCCCAUAAGGAUUAUGCCACAGACAAGAAGAGUCUGCCAUUCAGUGAGCAGCACUAUUUCUCCUCUUACGACCAUUUUGGAAUCCAUGAGGAGAUGUUGAAGGACCAGGUCCGCACAAUUAGCUACAGAUCUGCCAUUCUCAAGAACAAGGCCAACUUCAAAGAUAAGAUAGUAUUGGAUGUUGGAUGCGGGACAGGAAUCCUUUCCAUGUUUGCUGCAAGAGCUGGUGCUAAGCAUGUGAUUGCGGUUGAUAUGUCUAAUAUUGCUGACAUGGCUGAGAAGAUUGUGGAAUUGAACGGAUUCAGCGACAAGAUCACCGUAUUGAAGGGAAAGCUGGAAGACGUAGAACUACCGUAUCCAGAAGUGGAUAUCAUCAUCAGUGAAUGGAUGGGUUACUUUUUACUUUAUGAGUCCAUGCUGGACACUGUUUUGGUUGCAAGAGACAAGUACUUGAAGGAAGGGGGCCUUAUCUUUCCCGAUAAAGCCUCAAUUCAUGUGGCAGCCAUUGAGGAUGGAAAUUAUAAGAAUGACAAGAUCCACUACUGGGAAAACGUUUACGGAUUUGACUACAGUCCAUUCAUUGAAAUUGCUAUGUCUGAACCCCUUGUGGACACUGUUGAAAAUGGAUCUGUAGUUACCACAUCAUCCAAAUUGAUUGAGUUUGAUCUAAACACGGUCACUUUGGAGGACCUUGCUUUCCAUAGAGAUUUCAGUAUUACUGCUACUCGAGACGAAUUAGUGCAUGCGUACAUCGCUUGGUUUGAUAUCGAGUUUCCCGGGGACACCGAGAAAGUUGUCUUUUCCACCGGACCUCAUGCACACUACACCCAUUGGAAACAAACCGUAUUUUACAUGAACCAGGUGCUGGAUGUUAAGAGAGGAGAGACUAUCACUGGAUCCAUGGCUUCGCGUCCAAAUGUCUCCAAUCCAAGGGAACUGGACAUCGAGUUGCAAUGGGAUUUCCAAGGGUUGGGAGCAUCUGACCCUAGAGCAAAGCAUGGGAAGUAUAACUACUUCUUACGCUAG